AAGGAGUUGCAGUCCAAUUGGUUGUCAGCUGAUUUACCGGAUCUUCGAUCAUUCGUCGCUAUGAUGUCGUAUUCGAGACGUUCAAGGUCUUCCCGCUCUCGAUCUCCAUAUGGGCGGGACAGUAGGUCUGUUUCAAGGUCAUUGUCAAGGUCGAGGUCAAGGAGCCGGUCAAGAAGCAAUGAUUCAACUGAUGUGGAAAAUCCUGGGAACAAUCUCUAUGUGACUGGUUUGUCACCUCGCAUUACGAAGAAAGAGCUUGAGAAGCAUUUUUCCUCUGAAGGAGAGGUGAUCGAUGUUCACCUUGUGGCUGAUCCAUGGACAAGGGAGUCUCGUGGCUUUGGUUUUGUGACCAUGGCAACCCUUCAGGAUGCUGAUCGCUGUGUCAAGUAUCUGAAUCGAUCAGUUCUUGAAGGUCGGGUCAUUACAGUGGAGAAGGCAAGGAGGAGAAGAGGUCGAACCCCAACCCCAGGAAAGUAUCUCGGAGUGAGAACUAUCCGUGUGCGCCGCCGAUCACCAAGCUACUCACCUUACCGUAGGAGCCGUUACAGUUCCCCUGGUUAUUCGUCUGAGGGGGACCGGGAGAGAUCAUACUCUCCUUACUACAGCCGGCGCAGGUCUUACUCUCCCCACAGCAGCCGUAGAAGAUCAGACUCUCCAUACUACCGUCGGCACAGGUCUCCUUCACGAUCUCGUUCCCCCUACAGCAGAUCACCUGUUAGCAGACGGGACCGCUCGUACUCACCGUAUUACUCAAGGUCAUACCAUCGGAGACGCCAAUCUUAUUCUCCAGUAGACCGCUCUCUUUCACCCUACUACAGAAGGCGUCAUGAUCGAUCAGUCUCUAGGAGUGUGUCACCAAAACCAAGGAGGAGCUCAAGGAGAAGCUAUUCCCGAAGUGUGUCACCCAAGCUGAGGAGGAGAAGCUCAAGGAGGAGCUACUCACGGAGUGUCUCACCACCAAGGCCCCGGAGCUCUAGGAGAAGCUACUCUCGUAGUGUCUCCCCUGCUCGUAAGAGCUCAAGGAAGAGUGUCUCCCGUAGUGCAUCACCCAGGAAGAGGAGCUAUUCAAGAAGCCAUUCUAGAAGCCGCAGUGUGAGCUCAGAAUCACGAUCUAGAUCUGUAUCAAGGUCAAGGUCAAGGUCAAGGUCUCCAUCACCUUCGUCAUAAGAAGCUGUUUAUAUGUUGAAUCAGUGUUAGGUAGUCAGUGGUAGAGAUAUUGCUAGACUGGUUUGCAUAUUUGGAGCUUUCUCAACUUCUUUGCUAUCGUACUUAAAUAUUGUGGGCUGUCUGCUCUGUUGCAC